UGUUUUUCAGGGCAGUAUGACUGCAAUGACUGUAUUUUUUCCUUUGGAUACAGCUAGGCUUAGACUUCAGGUUGAUGAGAAGCGCAAGUCUAAGACAACACCAGCAGUUCUGUUGGAAAUAAUCAAAGAAGAAGGCCUGUUGGCUCCAUAUCGAGGAUGGUUCCCAGUCAUCUCCAGUCUUUGUUGCUCCAAUUUUGUUUAUUUUUAUGCCUUUAAUAGUCUUAAAACCCUCUGGGUCAAAGGUCAGCAUUCAACCACCGGAAAAGACUUGGUUCUUGGAGUUGUUGCAGGUGUAGUAAAUGUACUCCUGACCACUCCUUUGUGGGUGGUGAAUACACGUCUGAAGCUGCAAGGAGCAAAAUUUAGAAAUGAAGACAUUGUACCAACCAAUUACAAAGGCAUAGUAGAUGCCUUUCACCAGAUAAUACGAGAUGAAGGAGUCUUAGCUUUAUGGAAUGGUACUUUCCCCUCCUUGCUGCUGGUCUUCAAUCCUGCCAUACAGUUCAUGUUUUAUGAAGGCUUUAAACGGAAGCUUUUGAAAAAGCAGCUGCAGCUCACAUCUUUGGAUGCUUUUGUCAUUGGUGCAAUAGCCAAAGCAGUUGCCACCACGCUCACUUAUCCUCUGCAGACAGUACAGUCGAUUCUGCGGUACCAACAAAUAACAAACUGCUAUUUCUCCCGGACUCUAGGGAGUCUUAAAAAUGUUCUUUACCUUCUUCAACAGAGAGUGAGGCGUUUUGGACUGAUGGGACUCUACAAAGGCCUUGAAGCAAAGCUCCUGCAGACAGUCCUUACUGCCGCGCUCAUGUUUCUAGUGUAUGAGAAACUGGCUGCUGCAACCUUCACGCUCAUGGGAUUAAAGCGUUCACGCCGGCAUUGAGAAGGGCACCUGUGC